AUGGAAACGUCCUACGAUAGAAUAUUUGAGAAUUUUGGAAACGUACAAAACGUCAAUCCGACGGAAGCAUGGACACUCGCGGACACGGGCUUCGGCCUGUUCUUCGUGCUGGUGGCCUACCUGGUCAUAGUCCUGGUGUUCCUGCCCGACUUCAUGGCCACCCGACAGCCGUACAAGCUGAACACUGUGCUGCUAGUGUACAACGCGCUGCAAGUGGCCUACUCGGUGUAUUUAGUUUUCAUUUAUGCUAGAUACAUGCUGAAACAUGGAAUUAUAACAACGCGGUGUCCAAAAGGAGAUGACUUGCAGCAGGUCAUAAAUGAAAUCAAGCCUUACUUCAUAGCGAAGCACAUAGACCUGCUAGACACAGUGUUCUUUGUGCUCCGCAAGAAGGACAACCAGGUGACAUUCCUCCACCUGUAUCACCACACGACCAUGGUCUCGUGGACCUGGCUGCACCUCAUGUACCAUCCCACGGACAACUUCGUGGUCGUCGGACUGAUCAACAGCUUCGUCCACGUGUUGAUGUACGCGUACUACGGUAUCGCGGCUCUAGGGCCGGACUAUGCGAAGUAUAUCUGGUGGAAGAAACAUUUGACGACCGUGCAACUGAUCCAGUUCAUCAUGGUGGUUUCCAAUCUUCACUUCCAGCAAAAAUGGAGUCCUUGUCCUAUACCUGGCUUCUUCCACUACUUCUGUCUCUUUCUUAUUUGCUCCUUCUUUGCCCUUUUCAUGAGGUUCUAUUUUCAAAGCUAUAAAACUCAAAUGAAAAUGAGGGCGGAAAAAAUAAGAGAAGAAAAAAAGCUGUUGGCAGAAUAGUUUCUGAGUUGAAUAAUACUAUGUUAUUGUAAAAAUAGUAUGUACUUACAUGUACAAGUAAUUAAGUAUCUUUAAUUUGAUGAGUUUUUAAGUCGAGUGUUUUAUUAAUAUUGCUUACGUAACAGCACUCAUGUUUUGUAAUGUAGUAUGUAUAUAAAGUAUGCUGAAACUUAAUAAAAUAUAUUUAUCGAGA